UCGAAUGGCGGCGCAGCGUCGCUUCAUUGGCGGCUCGACGCGCAGCCUUUCCUUGAGAUCAUUGUGUUAUUUAUUUAUUGAUUUAUUUUUAUUUUCCAUUUGGCAGCAAGAUCAUAAGAGUCUUCGAAAAAUCAACUCUCUCAGUUCCGGAAAGUUUGCCUUACGGUUUCGUUGGUUUGAGCUCUGAGGUUGAGCAUGGCGCGUCGAAAACGUUAGAAGAAGCGCUUAUUGCAAUUGCUCUUGAAACGGCCAAAUUUAUAGUGUCGUAGAGUGCAAGUUUGCGAAGAGAAUACCCUGCGCUCGUGUUUGGAUUCCCGCUUUCAUGCAAUUCAAUUAUAUCUCGCUUCGUGUUUCCCUGAUUUUUGGUUUCGGAAACUGAGGUGCAUGCUGUACGUACCUUUGCCUUGGUUGCUCCUCCUGGUUGUAUUGGUGGUAGUCUAUUUAGGGUUUAUCAGCUUUUGUUGUUGUGAGAGGUUUGAAGAAGGGUUCAUGAUGUCGGGUCAGUCACUCGACGAGCAGUGCGCGCGGUUAUAUCGAAUUCGAAAGACUGUCAUGGAGAUGCUUCGUGAUCGGGACUAUGUUGUGGCCGAGUUUGAGCUUAAUUCAACUAAGGAGGAGUUCCGAGAGAAGUAUGGGGAUGAGCCAAAGCGAGAGGACUUGGUUAUCCAGAAGCCCAAGCGUUCUAAUAAUGCUGAACAUAUAUUUGUAUUUUUUCCGGAAGAAGCGAAGGUUGGAGUGAAGACCAUUAAGACUUAUGUGGACCGCAUGAAGACGGAGAAUGUGCAUAGGGCUAUUCUUGUUGUGCAGCAGAACCUCACUCCCUUUGCAAGACAAUGCGUGAGCGAAAUGUCUAGCAAGUACCAUGUGGAAGUUUUUCAGGAAGCAGAGUUGCUGGUGAACAUCAAGGACCAUGUUCUUGUUCCUCAACACGAGGUGUUGAAUGCCGAAGAGAAGAUCACUUUGCUGCAGCGUUAUACCGUGAAGGAGACUCAGCUCCCUCGGAUGCAAGAGAAUGAUCCUGUAGCGCGGUACUAUGGUCUAAAGCGGGGACAAGUGGUGAAGAUCAUACGACCAAGUGAGACUGCGGGUCGAUACGUCACUUAUCGGUUUGUCGUGUGAUUCACCCAUCCAAGGUUUACGUUGGGGAACUACAACGCGUCUGCAACACACAAACUCUUGUAAUCGUCAUCGUGGUUCUGAAAGCCUGUUUUUAGUACUGCGAAAUUUUUCCCUUUUUGGAGUUUGCUCACUUUUUAUUGUCAGUAUUCGAAGGAGCCCGAUUAAGAAGAGGAUUUUGGUGUUACUGGAGAGGGAGUCAAGCGCUGUGGCGAUGUCAUGUGCCGGAAAUCAGUAGCCUUAACUCACCUCAGUACCACCAGAGGCAUGGGCAUAUUACCAAAUUGGAGAUUGUAACAGCACCUCAUCGGUGGGCAUUGAGCCCGGUACUGGUGAAGAAGACCAGAGCAACUAUCAUGUGCAGGAGAACCCACGCCAAAUCUAGACCAUUUUCUCGAUUGAAGUUUUGACAACUUUAUGUGUAAAAGCUGACCGUCUUAUAAUACAUCGAUAUUUUAAGAACUCGAA